GCUCUCCAUCGCACACGCGCGCCCGCCACGCUUCUCCGAAGACCCGACCGGACGCCAGAGCCGCUAUCGCGCGCACCACACACCUCUCAUUCAGUGUCGCGCGCUGACCGUCUCCAGCCGUCCACAGCCAACUCGUUCGCUUACACGUUUUCUUUACACGGGCUCGUAAACCGUAUUUCCCGCGCCCACUUUGCCGCCGAUCUCGUCUUCCGUCCCUUCGCGCGCACUCACAGCAACCCCGGUGCACAGUACCAAAGACGCCGCGCGACAUGGCCACCACGGUGUCGAACGGUAACGGCACGGACGUCGUGAGUCUGCUGAAGAAGAACAAACCGCCGGCGCUGAAAAAACUCGCCUCGUGGAAAGACGAGAACGAGUUCGACAGCAACCCGAAAACGCCCAGGACCUCUACUACACCGGGUCAUGAGAACUGCACGUUCCACCACGACCUCGAGCUGGACCACAAGCCGCCCACUAGGGAGGCACUGUUGCCGGACAUGACGAACUCGUACAAGAUGCUGCUGAGCGCAUUGGGCGAGGACCCGGGACGCCAAGGAUUGCUGAAGACGCCGGAGAGAGCGGCCAAGGCCAUGUUGUUCUUCACGAAGGGUUACGACCAGACGCUGACAGAGGUACUCAACGAUGCAGUGUUCGACGAAGAUCACGAUGAAAUGGUUGUGGUGAAGGACAUUGAAAUGUUCAGCAUGUGUGAACAUCAUUUAGUUCCUUUCUACGGGAAAGUGUCGAUUGGAUAUUUGCCGAAGAACAAAAUUUUGGGACUCAGUAAAUUGGCUCGUAUCGUGGAGAUGUUUAGCAGGAGACUUCAGGUUCAAGAGCGACUGACUAAACAGAUUGCCGUAGCUGUUACCCAAGCCAUUCAGCCUUCUGGAGUUGCCGUGGUCAUUGAAGGAGUGCACAUGUGCAUGGUCAUGAGAGGUGUGCAGAAGAUAAACAGCAAAACCGUCACGUCCACCAUGCUGGGAGUGUUCAGAGACGAUCCGAAGACGCGCGAAGAAUUCUUGAACCUGGUCCAGUCCAAAUGAGAUCCACCGACACUCGGCCGUUAUCCGCGUACGCAAAAGCCGUACGACGAGCCAUAACAGUUAUAAUAAUAACCCAAACCCGUUUUAUUAUAAUCAAUAAUAAUAUCGCUCCCGUAAUAACUUAACUUACCUAGCCCCCCGUCUCCCCCACUCACUUAUACACACGUGCGUAUACGCGUACAUGAAACGUCCGUAACAUAAUUGUAAUAUGGGAAUAAUGCGUGCGCACUUUAGGUUGGACUACAUUAUAAUACUACUUAUAUACACAAAUAUUUAUAGAAAACCUCUCGUUCGCGUGUAACAUGAAUGAUAUAUUUCACACAAUAUGAUGCACGCGCGAUCGGCCUAGUGUUUUACACAUAUUAUUAUUACACUCCCUUAUAACAAAUAAUCAUAUUAUAUCUCUUAUGUUCCUCGUCACCCGCUCCCAAAUUUCUCCCACUCAACCAUCCUCCAGCCGACCCGCGGGUUACCGACGAGUUACGUGUUCAUUAUUGACGUUUGUUAUUUAAAAAAAAAAAAAAAAAACUAGAAACUUAAUAUUGUACCGUUUAUGUUUUUAUAUUUUUAUCGAAAUGUCAUUGUCGUGGCGAUGUUUUCAAUUGUUCCCGUUUGAGUAUAAUACAUAAUAAAUAUUCUAUAAAUUA